AGAUAUCAAUCGAACAAGGCUGAGCUGCUAAAUUCAAUUGCUUCCUUUUCAAUUCGAAACCCUAACAAAAGCCCUAAUUUGAAGAGGAUGGAGUUCGACGAGUACGAGUACCUGGAGAAGACGGUGGAGGAAGGAGAUGCAUCGGCGGAUAGGAAGAAGGAAGGUAGCGGGAACGGGAACGGGAACGAGAAGAGCGAGAGGAGUUACAGGAAGAGAGAAGGAGAGAGGCGCGACGAAGAAGAGCGAGGGAGCAGUCGGAGUAAGAAGUCUCGUGGAGAUGACGACGAAGAGAACGGUGGAGGUAGGAGGGAUCGGGAGAAAGAGAGGCACAGGAGCAGCCGAGACAAGGAUAGAGAGAGGGGAGGAUCUAGAGAUAGAGAGAGGAGUAGCAGAGAGAGGGACAGGAGCGAUAGGGAGAAGAGCCGAGACAGAGAGAGGGGAGGGUCGAGAGACAGAGAGAGAGAUAGGAGCGAUAGGGAGAAGAGCAGAGACAGAGAGAGGAGAGAGAGGGAGAAGGAUAGAGAGAGGAGGCAGAGGGAGAGGAGAAGCAGCAGUAGGUCAAGGAGGGAGGAGAGGGAACGGGAAGUAGUUGAAAGAGGAAGCAGGAGACACAGGGACAAGAAAGAUGAGCCUGAAGCUGAUCCAGAGAGGGAUCAAAGAACUGUCUUUGCAUAUCAGAUGCCUCUUAAAGCUACCGAGAGAGAUGUUUAUGAGUUCUUCUCCAAAGCUGGCAAGGUCAGGGAUGUGCGACUGAUCAUGGACAGAAACUCAAGACGAUCUAAAGGAGUCGGGUAUAUCGAGUUUUAUGAUGUGAUGUCAGUCCCAAUGGCCAUAGCUAUGUCUGGACAGCUAUUUCUUGGACAACCUGUGAUGGUUAAGCCCUCUGAAGCUGAAAAGAAUUUGGCUCAAUCCACUACUACUGCAGGUGGUGGUACUGGUCCUGUUGAUAGGAAGCUGUAUGUGGGAAACUUGCAUUUCAACAUGACAGAGUUGCAGCUUAGACAGAUUUUUGAGCCGUUUGGUCCUGUUGAGCUUGUUCAGCUUCCUUGUGACCUCGAGACUGGGCAGUGCAAGGGUUUUGGAUUCAUUCAGUUUGCGCAAGUUGAACAUUCAAAGGCAGCACAGAUAGCCUUAAACGGAAAAUUGGAGAUUGCUGGAAGGACAAUCAAGGUUUCCUCUGUAGCUGAUCAUAUUGGCACACAAGACGGUAAUCCAAAAUCAGCUGAUUUUGAUGAUGAUGAUGGAGGAGGCCUGGCUUUAAAUGCACAAUCGAGGGUCCUACUUAUGCAGAAGCUGGAUCGUACAGGUCUCGCAGCAAGUAUUGGAGUACCAUCGCUAAAUGGAACAGCUAUUAAUCAACCAGGCAUGAAUCCUGGUUUCCCCACAUCAGUGCUUCCGACAACAGCACUCCCUUCUGUUGUCACAGAGCCUAUUGGUCAGCCAAGUGAAUGCCUUCUACUGAAGAAUAUGUUUGAUCCUGCAACUGAGACGGAACUGAAUUUUGAUGAAGACAUUAAAGAAGACGUUGGCGAUGAAUGCUCCAAGUAUGGCGAAGUCAAGGAUAUUUAUGUAGACAAGAACAGCGCAGGUUUUGUGUAUCUGCGGUUUGAAUCAGUGCAGGCGGCAAUGGCAGCUCAAAGAGCCAUGCACACGAGAUGGUUUGCGCAAAAGAUGAUAUCUGCAACUUUCUUGCCUCCACAUGAAUAUGAAGCCAGAGCCAAGCCUUGAGUUGCAUGCAGGCAAGCCAGGUUUUCUUGUUCUUUUCUGACUUGGUAGAAAAACCUAAACCGGAUUCAGUCUCGUCUGAAAUGUAUUUUAUAUAUCCAAAGAUUAUUGGGUUUCUUUCUUUCUCGUUGGUUGUAUCUCUCCCAUAUACAUAUACUGUGGUCUUUAUGAAGUAUUUUAUUUUAUUUUGUUUUACCUUCAU